AUGGAGCUUGAUUCCUGGCCUGAGGGAAACUCUCAGGCACAGGACGGGGUAGUGACAGAUCUUUGGGAAAGAUAUCGCCUCCCGGUAUGGGAGCUUGAUUCCUGGCCUGAGGGAGACUCUCAGGCGCAGGGUGGAAUUCUUGGCCCUUGGAAGCCAUUGACAGAUCUUACGGAAAGUUAUGGCGUCUGGGAAGGGCCUCUGCUGGAUGCAAGCAAUAACCUCAGCGAGUGGCAUCUGCAAGAUAAUAAUUUCAUUCGAGUGAACCUUAAGACCCAGGAUACCCCAUCAGAAUUGCUUCGCCAGAAGCUUGAGAAAACGUUAGAGUUGAUGGAACAGUUAAAUCAAAAAUAUCCGACCGAUCAUUAUUCCAUUCGCCACGACAUCACUUCUGGACACCUCACCCAGACCUAUUCCAGUGGCGCAACGGAUUACACCGUGAAGGCUCUGGUAGGCUCAAACCAAUAUCAUAUCGACGCGCUGCCUGACACUGGCGCGAAACGCAACUUCGUUUCUCAGCAACUUGUUGAGUCGCUUGGACUGGUGCCCAAGGACCGUACCAAAGAAAUAUUCCGUUUACCCUCUGGGGCAGCAAUCAGAUCGUGUGGUACGGUAGAUGUUCCUUUUACUUUCUUAGGGGAAUCAGAGCAUCAUUUGCUUGACUGUUGCAUCCUCCCCAAGUGCACCCAGGACCUCAUCCUGUGUCAAACCUUUCUCAAAGCCACAGGUACUCUGACCAAGUUCGCCCACCGUAUCACAAAGUCGUUGAGAAAGUCCGUUCCUCGCUUCAGAUUUAAUCUUAUCGAAGAUGAUACGUGUUGCCUCGAGGGAAGCUUUGAUGACAUACCUUCAAUUGCUCUCGCGGACACAGGCUGCGACGCAAUGCUCAUAUCAGCAGACUUUGCUAAACGGCACUCCCUGGAGGUUGAUAAGGGGGUUGAGCACAGGCACCUCGUCGAGUAUGCCGAUGGGUCUCUGAAUACCACUACUGGUAUUAUUCGUGACUCUACUUGGCAGUUCCGAAGUUCGAGGAAUAAGAUUCCUUGUGACUUUUAUGUGCUCGAUGAUCUCAAAGCAGAUAUCGUAUUGAGCAGUCAUUUCAUUUUCCAGCACGAAAUAUUUUCGCAAUUUGAGGGGGAUGUCGUUGAUAUGAGUCUUAUUCCUGAACGAGACUUCGGGGACCUCUACAAUAUUCGAUUGAUCAGUCACUAUAGCUCCGCGCUACGGUCGCUUGAGGCGUCUUCCAUCGCUGACAUGAAUUCACCCGGUUUGUUUAGCCCGGGGACAAUCAAGGCUGAGAGAGUUCGACGUGAUCAGAUUCGGGAUGCGAUCAACGCUCUUCCUCUGGAACAGCAGGACCAGGCUCGCAUUGAUGAGAAAAACAGGCAAGAGAUCUGGGACGGCUACCGGAAGAGACACUUAGAAAACCAAGAGGAGGAUACAGAUUCGACUCAGCAGGUUCUAGUGGUUCAAAAAGAACGCUGGUGGGAGAAAGGACUCGUUUGGAGACGAUUUGGAAGGAGGGCAACCUAG